AUGCCUUUAAUUCUCCACUCUCUGAGAGGAAUCUACCUGACAAAAGGCCUUAUCCUUGUGACUAGUGGCAAGCCUGAUGACUCCUUGGGCAAGCGCCCUCCGCACGCCGCUAACGCACACACCAACCGCCCGCCUAACGGCCGCACUGCGCACGCGCCCUCCCCUCACAACACAACAACCCCGCCCACCCCAACGGUCGGACCAACCCACACCGCCUUCCGCGGGAGGGGGUUCGAUGACGUCACCUCCCGGGUCCCGUUGUCUGCCGCGGGGCUCGCGCAGGCCGAGGCUCUGGUGGGCGACUGGGUGCUCGAGUUCGCCUGUUACUGCCUGUGCCGGCCCUUCCGCGAGGACCGCGCCGCUGAGUUCCGCCGCUUCAGGGACGUGGCGCAGGCUGUUAUUAAUAACCUCUCCAAAAUAGCUACUCAUCAGAAAAAAACAGUAUAUGUCUGCCAGCUUUUGACAAGAAUUGCGAAAGGAAAAAGACUUGAUUGUCAUUUUGAAAAUGAUGAAAGCAUUUCACCUUUGGAAUCUGCUCUGUCAGUUUGGACCUUACUUGAAAGGGAAGAAAGUAAACUUGACAAGCUUCAUGAAGAUAUUCGUCGCUUAAUUCAGAUUCAGGUUGUAGCAGUCCAUAUGGAAAAAGGAUAUUUUAAGGAGGCAGCUGCAGUACUUGAAAGGCUGUUUACGGAUUUGGAAUCAAAUAAGUCUUUAAAGAUGAAGCUGGCAACCAUAAUUAAGAGCAAGGAUCCUUAUGUUCCCUUUCUUCAAAACUUCAGUUAUGAUCUUAUGAUAAGAAAAAUAAAGAACUAUGUUGAACUCUUCAUGAAAGACAAUGAAGCUAACUUCUUAAUACAGGCUGCCAUGAAACAGGUGGAGGCUAAAGAAUUAGGAGGAACAAUUUUGGAUAAUGAAACUGGGAAUGUCAGUGCAACAAAUGAAGAAAUUAAUUUGGAGGCAAGUCAGAGGUUUGUAUUUGGGAGUGUAAUGCUGAAGGAUAGCUUGGUGCUAAGAAUAGGUUGA